AUGUCGCUAUUUGGCCUUCUUAACCAGAACAGCGGACGAUUUGCGGAACGGACCUUGCGUGCACAGGAAGUUACCCGACGUGAUGGCGUCAUAGACACCGUGAGUGAGUGGUUUAAUGCCACGGUGUUCACUGAACGUGCGUGGCGGGACGCAGAGAGGUGGCUGCUGGUGGCUGUGCUCGGACUGGAGAUGGUUAUGGGAGUUGUGGGAAACUGCUUUGUUUUGCUGGUCAAAGUCAUGGUAAGGAGUCACUUCAGCUGUCGUUACUGGCUUCCUUUCCUCUGUCUCACCUUGUCAGAUUUAGGCUGCUCCCUCCUCAUCAUCUCCGGCUCCCUGCUCGCCAUGCUGACAGGAGGUCAGAGGUCACCGUGGUGUGAGGUCGUCAGCCUGCUUAAGUUUGCCUUCAUCACCUCGUCUAUAGGGAGCGUAGCUGUCCUCUGCGUGCAGCGGCUGAUCGGAAAGGCCUCCACAAGAAGUCCUCUCUUUGUUGUCAUGGUGACAGCCUGCUUGACUUCUUGGGUGACGGGGGUGGUGUUUGGGAGCGUCCCUGUCGUCUACAACUGGAUCAGGUACGACCCUGCAGAGAUGCUGUGUGCCGUCUUCUGGGAGAACAGCUACUCCGACAUGCUGGUCUACAUCCUCUGUGCUUUCUCCGUCUGCAUCUUCCUCCCCUUCCUCCUCAUCCUCCUCUGCUCUCUGCUGAGUGCCAUCGGCUGUCGCUCGAGCUGCAACAGUGAUGAUGAAGAUCUGUCUGCAGUCACUCCUCUGCUGGUGGCCUCCUACAUCCUCUGCUACACUCCCUUUGUUGUGUCUGAGUUGCUCCUGUUGGGCAGGAUGGACCUGUCACCAGCGCCUGAUUGGUUGAGGACACUGUCAUCAGUGAUGUCAUAUCUGGACUGUGGUCUGAACGCUCUUAUUUAUUGCUCCCAUCAGGACUUCCGGGAGGCCGGAUUGGCCUUGCUGUGGACCAAUAGGAAAACAUCAUCAGAGCCUGUCCUCACGUCUGUCACUAAACAUGACGUGUAA